AUGACCAGUACUCCACUAGCUGGAAAUAGCCACACGCCACACAUCUUGCGCCGCCGCGCGCCGGACUGUAAUGCGUUACAAGCGAAGCAUAUGGAAGUGAUAAACGAGUCUUACAUGCACAAUGUACCGAAAGGCGCCGAAACACAUUUCAAAGUAGUUGUGGUGUCCGAUCAGUUCGAUGGAUUACCCCUAAUUAAGAGACAUCGGAUGGUGAAUGACAUCUUAAAGGACGAAUUACAAAAUGGAGUCCAUGCUUUAUCCAUAGUGGCAAAGACUCCGCAACAGUGGGAGACUAGUGAUAAAAUUGUGGAGAGCAGUCCCAACUGUAGAGGAGGCUUUGGGAAAUAA